AUGGCCGGAGAAGAGACGAAGGUUGAGGCGAAACGCACCGCCGAGGAGAUACGGGAGGUGGUCGAGCGAUUGGCGCAGGGCUGCAGCGCGCGGCCCCGGAAGAACACCCGGAAGCGUGGCAAGGAGGAAGAGAAGGAUGAGGCUCCAGGCACCAGUGAGGUGCCUGGGCCAGCAGAACAACGGAGGAGCCACUCGAACCGAUAUAUUGAUGUGCAGGUAGGGGAUCUCAUCCGCGUGCAGACAAACCUGGGCUGGGAGACGGUCACCGUGAGGGCCAAGCGGCCGGGGACUGGAAAGAUCGACAUCCAGUUCAAGGAUGGAGAGUACAUGCGCGCGGUGAUGCCUCGCAUCCUUCGCAACGCCGAAGGACUGCCGGUGAAGGAAACCCACGAGUUGCCCACUACAGCCUUGCCACCACCAUGGCCAUCGCGGUCAAGCCAAGUGGGGCCCCACACUGCGCCACCGAUGGCGCCGGUACCGGUUUCCAGUUCGGGGGCGGUGCCGCAGAAGCUUGCAGGAUACAAAGGAGGCCUUGCUAGUUCACCAGGACGUCAAGGGCAUCCUGGCCUCGCUGAAGAGCCAUCCCCACGGGAAACGCAGGAUGCUUUGGCGGGUGCCAUCAUGGAGGGCUGUGGCGUGGAACUGCGAGAACAACAAAAUGGACUCUCAACUGCCACAGGCCGACCUGCAGGCCGCUUGGCGCCUGCAGCCAAGGCGCCGGCGGCACGCUUGAAGCAACAGCUUCAACAGCUGAUUUCUGCACGCCCCAUUGUCGUCCCCAAGGUGCAAACGCGCAGCCCCUCGAUGCCACGGAACGCGCCGGUGCCGGAGCCCGUUUUAGGUCAUGGCCUGGUUGGGUCCGCCAUGAAGGCCGACUCCAAGAUCAGGAUUCGCUCCUCUGAAAGCUAG